AGUAAAGCUGGAACCUGAGUAAAAAUUAACGUUUUUAACAAUGAAAAUUUACUUCUUGUUCCUCGCUGUCUUGAAAGUUAAUUCUCAAGUAGAAUUUGAAGAAAAUACAACAGAAGAAACUGGAGAUGUUGGAUUAAGACUCGGACUAUUAGCUCAGACCUUGGGCGUAUCUCCAGUUGGUUCUUCAGGUCAACAGCAGUCACAGCAAUCAUCAUCUUUUACAGGAAAUUCUAAUAACAAUCAAGCUAAUCAACAACAGUCGUCUUCCUUUACGAAUCAAAGUCCGAGUGGAAGAGUUCCCUCCGGAGGCGAGUUCGGAGCUCAGCAGUGCUGUUGUGUUCCAACUUCUGAACAAUGUGGAGAUCCAUUCGGUAGAGAUGAUGAUCUUGUUGGUCUUGGACUUAUUGAUCAAAGAUUAAAACCACAAGCUUCAGAUAUUGGUAUCAGAAUUUCAAAUAUUCCUUCCCAAAGCCAAAAAAGUACUUCAUGUCCAGUGGGACAAAAGACCUGUUGUUAUGACGCUCAAAUAGAUUUCUCAGUAUUUGGUAAAACUUGUCUCUCCCCUGAACAAGCAAAUAGUGCUGUCAAUGGAUUAUGGAGACAAGCCUGCAGUGAAAGAGUAUCAGCAGGACCCAAGCAAUGUGGAACCAGGCAGUUUAGCCCUUCGAUAACUCAGAAGUUUGGAGAGGCAAGUCCUGGAGAGUUUCCUUGGACCUGUCUCCUUCUGAAUCAAAAUAAUGAUUUUGUUGGAACAUGUGCUAUAAUUCCUAAUGAUGGAAGCAAUGACAAUGGUCGAGGAACUAGAAAAGUUUUAACAGCUGCACACAAACUCAAGAAGAUUGGACAAACUGAUUUACUGAAAGUUCGAGUUGGAGAGUUUGAUGCCUCUGGAUUUAAUCCUCCAGAAACUAUCCAGCAUCAAGAAUAUACUGUGGUUAGAAUACUGAAACAUCCACAGUUUAAUGAGAAGCGAUUAAAUGACAACAUUGCAAUCCUAACCGUAGACAGAAACAUUGAUAUCUCAUCUUCCACUGCAAAUACUGUUUGCCUGCCAAGCUGUGAUGAUCAGUUCAACUUUAGGUUUAAUAAUGGAACUGGUACAAGGUGUUGGGUUGCAGGUUGGGGGAAAGAAUCUCUAACUGGAAACUUCCAGGUAAUCCAGAGGAAGGUGGACCUUCCUAUCGUAGAAAGGAAUACAUGUGAGGGAAAACUGAAGGCUGCAAUGAAUCAGAGAAGACAGGGGUUGGGAAAUUCCUUCAGCUUGAGUCCUAGUGAGAUCUGUGCCGGGGGAGAGAUCGGUAAGGACGCAUGUACUGGAGAUGGUGGUUCUCCUCUUGUAUGCCAGGCACAGUCUGGAAGAUGGACUGUAGUCGGAGUGGUCACAUGGGGAGUAGGAUGUGCAUCUGAUGUUCCUGGAGUUUAUGCUCGUAUUUCAUAUUUCAUGGAUUGGAUUAAUGCUAACUAAAUUAUAAUAUAUAAGAAUGAAAUAAAUACAGUUAACAGAAUAAGUAACAAUUGUUUAUUUUUUCUUUCUUUUA